GCUGUGCUGUACAGUGCGGUGCACGAAGUACCUUACUAUAUAUAUCGGUAUGAAUUGGAUACAAUUUUUUCAGAGAAUCCAUUCUUCCUAAGAAGUUUACUUGACAAGCAGCUUUCUUCCGAGUCGUUCUGGCAUAACGUGGUGAACUAUAAAUUCCGCCAUCACCCCUUCCACGUACCUGCCUCCUCCGCUCCUAUUUUUUCCUCUUUUACUCCUCCUACUUAACUCCGACAACAAUGCCAUCCCUUGAUUUCAUACAAGCCCCUCCUCAUACGGGCUGCGAGAACCUAGCGGACAGCUUCUGUUUGAUAGAGCAUCACGAGCUCCUAGACGAGAACGAUGGCUUCCAUGAAAUACAGCGCAACGGGCGCCUGGACAUAGGAAGCUUUGAGUCAGAUGACGAAAACUUGUCUUCCGAAGAGGACGAAUGCCUGUUAAGAGCUGUGGAAGGAGAUGGAGAAGAAGAUUCAUCUUUUACUCUCGUAGUAAGAGAUGCGAGGCCGCGCACGCACAAGCGUAUGCCCAUGCGUGAGCAGGAACGAGAUGGUGGGGGAGAGAGCCCAGGAGAGAUGGAUUACAAGCACGGUGGGAAACCGUUGCUUGUUUUCAGGAGUGAGGGGAAAGCGGGGCGUGUGGCGAGCUCAGGUAGCUCUCGGGGAGUGGGUGGAAACGGAGAGGGAAUAGAAGACAAGGAGAUAUCCCCAAAACUCAAUUCCGAACCCGAAUACGAACCCGACCCCGAGACCCAUCUGGCAGAGCCUAACCCAAAGUCGCGAGAGCCCUCUCGGAAACCGCGCACCGCUAUGGAAUACAGAAUCUGGACCGACAAAAACGGUCAAUACAGACAAGAGAUGAUACUCCUCGGCUGCGAGAACGACCACGUACUCUUACUAAAGCGUGAUGGCGUAAGACUUAAUAUCCUUAAGUCAGACUUAUCCCCUCAGGACCAAGAAUUUGUUACCCAAGCGAUGGAACCGCCUAUCACAACCUCUCUAAACGGACUCUCGCCAAAUGAUAACACAUCGGUGAUCCCAUUGUACUCGUACUCCAAUAAACCGAAGCCGGACCCUAGUAAGAUCCGGAGUUGGCUAGACAUCACAGGCAGAUACAGUGUUGAUGCGCAACUGGUGGGGUUCCGGAAGGGUAAGAUUGUGUUGCAUAAGACCGAUGGUGUUAAGGUUGGGGUUAUUCCCAAUCAGAUGGCUAAGGAUGAUUUGGCGUUUGCCGAGAAGGAACUUGGGAUGGUGUUGACGGGGAUUGCGAAGGAGAGGAGAGGAAAGGCGAUUGCUUGAAUGAUUAUAGGGGCACACGAUUAUUAUUCAUUUGUCUGUUUAUCUUCUCCCCUUCCUUCCUUCCUUUCCUAUCAUCCCUUGUGAGGUGCUUUUGGUACCGCACCCCGACAUUGGUGUUUCGACGGUUCUUAUUUCAACAGUAAAUACUCUUUUCCUUCCUCAUACAGUAUACAUUUUUUUCUUAAUGCUUUGGCUUCCGUAUAUUACAUUAUGUGUUAACAAUUAGGUUAUUAUGGUUCUCUUUUGUUCGAGGGGGGGUUUUGGGGGGCAUUUUUGGCACUUUUUUUAGAGGAAAACGAGAGCAACAAA